GUCAGAUUGUUGUCCGAGCCAUCAACAUCGACUUUGAGUGCCAGAAGACACCAAAGCCGAGCACUGAAGAGAAAUCGUUGAAAAGAAAGGGAAGCCUGUUGUGUGUGUGUGCUUGUUGCCUUCGUUUUGCUCUUCUCUUUCGCCUGAGUGUGUACUGAUUGGUGUGUUUUGAUUUGCUCCCACAACGGUUGUUUAAAUACGGUAGAGUGGGAAAGCCAUAUUGCAUUAGUAGUCAUAUCCAGGAUCGUCUUGUUGUCCAUUUAGCCCGAGGUUACCUUGCAUUGAUCAGACAUAAUAGACCGCAUCUGAACGUUUUAUGGAGCUUCCACCCGAGUUUUGGAUACAUCUUGAGAGAAUAACAUGUCCUGUACGAUUCCAACACAUUUUGAAGACGUUGCGUCGUCAACGAUCUCGCCCAUCGAUCACAACUCCCCCGAGGACGAUCUAAUACGCCAUCCCAUAUGGCACUGCAUGCUGGCUGGAGGAUUCGGAGGUGCGAUUGGUGAUAGCGUUAUGCAUUCUUUAGACACAGUGAAGACAAGACAGCAAGGUGCUCCGCACGUUGUCCAAUACCGCAAUAUGAUAAAUGCGUACAAGACCAUCCUUGUGAAGGAAGGUGUGAUUAGAGGUCUGUACGGUGGGUACGGCGCUGCAAUGCUUGGUUCCUUCCCCAGUGCUGCGCUGUUUUUCGGUACUUAUGAAACUAUGAAACGCGUGAUGAUUGGUGAGUUGGGCAUAAAUGACACAGUGACCCAUUUGACGGCGGGAUUCAUGGGCGACUUUGUCUCCAGUAUCGUGUACGUUCCAAGCGAAGUGCUGAAGACGAGAUUACAGCUACAAGGGCAGUUCAACAACCCACACUUCCACAGUGGGUAUAACUAUCGGAGUCUUGUGGAUGCCAUUGGAACAAUAAUACGUCAGGAAGGUGUGAGUGCCUUAUUCUACGGUUACAAGGCGACCCUGGUACGCGAUCUACCCUUCAGUGCAUUACAAUUUGCAUUCUACGAGAAAUUUAGAGACCUGGCUAUUAGAUACAGAACAGGCGUUCCCACAGAGGAGUUUGACUACAACGUGGAGCUGAGUACCGGCGCAGCAGCCGGUGGGUUAGCCGGUAUACUGACCACUCCACUAGACGUCAUAAAGACCAGAGUACAGACACAGAGCCCCGAUCUAUCAAGCAGAGACCAUCUGAACAACUCGAUCCUCGCUUCGCUAAGGAAAGUGUUCCAGACUGAAGGCAUAGUUGGCCUGUUCAGUGGUGUGGGCCCAAGAUUUGUAUGGACAAGUGUACAGAGUAGUAUCAUGCUGCUGCUCUACCAAAUGGCAUUGAGACAAAUGAAUGAUUGGAAGCAUUGAUCAUCUUGUAUAUAGCUUUCCAAUGGACAUAUCCAU